CGCGCUGCUCGUCCAGCACCGGAGGGGCGGGAGUGUAUAGAAGCGGCUCCUCACCGCCCCGCAGCACACCGGCCCCGGGCCCCAUGUCCCGCUCACCGCCACGCUGCCCCACCGGCGGGGAGUCGCUCCCCCCGGGCCGGUUACCGGAGAACGGCCUGGAGGAGCCGCAGGAGGAGGAGGAGGAGGAGGAGGAGGAAGACCUGGACGACGAGCAGGACGCGUCCCGGCUGGAGAGGUUCCUGAAGGACCGGAGGAGGGCCCGGUCCCUGCCCGCCUACCCGGUGGUGCUGCUGGAGCCGGAGUCCGGCGGCGGGAAGCGCGUGAAGUUCGCCGACUCCAUGGGCCUGACUCUGGAGAGCGUGAAGCACUUCAGCGCGCUGGAGGAGCCGCAGAUCCCGUCCAAGGUUCUGUCCCGACACCGGAGCUUCCCGCCGCAGCAGCACGAACUCCUGACCGACCUGCGCCACCGCCUGCAGGCCGGCCGGGACACCGACCGGCUGGUCGCCUGCUUCCCGGAGCUCCGGGACGCGGAGCGGCGCGUGCGGCAGCUGCGGGUCUGUCUGGAGCGCGUGACCAUCACGCAGUUUGACGUGCGCGGGCAGAUCCGGGUCCUGGACGGCCGCGAGGACAAGGAGGUCGGAGUCAGGUACACCUUCAACGACUGGCUGUCCUACGUGGACGCGCAGGCCGUGCCCGUGGCCGCGGAGCAGCCGGACCUGGUGGGGGAGCGCUACGUGUUCACGGUGUACACGCCGCCCUUCAUGGAGCCCGGCUCGGCCGUGCACCUGGCCGUGUACCUGAAGAGUGACGAGGGGGAGUUCUGGGACAACAACGGGGGGCAAAACUACAGCCUCCGGUACCAGAGCAUGCCCGGGACCGCAGCCUCCCACGCCACCUGAGCCGCGCGUAAAAGCGUUCCAUCCGUGCGUAAAAGCGUUCCAUCCGUGCGUAAAAGCGUUCCAUCCGUGCGUAAAAGUGUUCAAUCCGUGCGUAAAAGUGUUCAAUCCGUGCGUAAAAGUGUUCCAUCCGUGCGUAAAAGUGUUCCAUCCGUGCGUAAAAGUGUUCCAUCCGUGCGUAAAAUCUCUCCUUAAGCUGAAAGAAAUGAUCAACACUCAGGAAAAUAAUGGUUCCUUAAAGGUUCUUCAAAGUUCCCCAGCAGCUGAAGGUCCUCUUCAUCUAGAGGUUCUUGAAAGGUUCGUCUUCGUUUUAUUGGAGGUUUGUGGUUUGGUGUAAAAUCCCAGCUGCACUAAUUGUUCCUUUCAAACAUCAGUGAUAAAUCUGGGUUCCUGACAGAACAAAGAGAACCACAAACUGAGCAGUGAUUCAGGAACUUGUUGCCAUUAAAGAAGAUAAAUGUUCUGAUUCGCUGGUGACCAAGCAUCAAUCAGCUCUUUGUUGUUUUAAAUUAAACUGAGUAUUUGCUGUUAAUUGGUUUAAAUUAAAUUUAACUGGUUGUGAAUGAAUUAAAUUGUCUGAAUAACUUUGUGUUUCUUCACCAGGAGUUCAGGUUUUAAAGUGAGGAACCAGAAACGCUGUAGGUUCUUUGACUUUUAUUCUGAAUAAUCACGUUUCCGAACAGAAGCAGGUGGAAAACGUUCCUUAAAGAACCCGUUUCUGUGAACAAGAUGUGAAGGAAGCAGCUGGAGGUUCUUGGAGGAACCUUUGGCUUCAUGGUUCCUGGUUCAGCUUCUCCUCUGAUCUCUGAACGUCCUGUAGACGUCUUGGUUCCUCUCAGAGGUUUCAGCUGAUCUUCAUCCUGGACUUCUUCACCAGCAGGUUAAAGAUGUUCUCAGGUUCUGGAAUAAAUCACGUGAAGUUCCUUCAUCUUCAUUGGAAGCUCAGAACAAAGUCGGUUUGUUGGUUUUGUGACUGAAGAUGCUGCAGAUGUUUCUCCUGGUUUCUUCUCUGUUGGUUUAAUUUUUCUUUGAGCUGAAGGUUAGUUUGAUGAAAACAUUAAAUCCUUCAUGAGGUUCUGCUGAUUUACUGCUAGAAAAAAACACAAAAAUCGCUGUGAUUUUGUUCAAACUAAGCAUCAUAAAGCUGCUCGCUGUUCGUAUUCAGUGAUUUUCAAACAAAUUAAAAUGAUGUUUUGAAUUCUGCUUCCUGAUUGUUUGUUUGGAACCACCAGGAUUUUAUUUUUCAUUUCUGAAUUAAAAAGAAUAAAUAAAUCCAUGUUUGGUUCAGAAACAAAGAAGGAAGAAAAGAGUCGUCAAAAACCAAAACAUUUUCCCCAUUUUUCAACUGAAAUGUCAGAUAUUAAAGAAACUCUCUUAUUAUUUUUUCUGUUUAAACAAAAAAAAACUGAUGAAAAAUGGACUUGUUCUAUUUUUUUCAUUUUUUUGUUGUUUUAACCAAAGAGAGAGAGAAAAAAAUGUGCCUUUAAAAAUGUAGUUUGUCAUUUCAUCCAUUAAAGCUAAAAUUCAAACAUAACAAA